GUCUCUGAUAACUCGUGAAAGUUACGUAUUGUUAACUAUACUAAAGCAGCAAAGGAACAGCGUGGCUUUAAAUUUCGGGAUCUAAAGCAGGUUCUGUUUCCUAAUUUUAUAAUUGACAUCUUUGAAGACACUAUUGGUAUAAUUAUUUCAUAUCUUUUUACACGCUACCCAAAUAAUGAAUUACCGAGAAAAAGGCAAUAAAGCAUUUGUUGACAAAGAAUUCGAGACUGCAAGGCAAGAAUAUACUAAAGGGAUUGAAGUUACACCCGAAGACCCGCGAUUAUGGUCAAACCGUGCGCAAACCUUUAUUAAACUUGAGUAUCCCGAACUUGCGGUAGUCGAUGCCGCUUAUGCUUGCUCUCUCCUCGAACCAAAGAUCAUUAGUGGCAAAUAUGAGAACGCUGAUCUGGCGUUACUUUGUAAAAGUAGAUGGAGAGAAGCAGAGGCAUUGGCGAAGUGCAAUGGAUUCGAUUUAGCAGCAAGUGCGUUGGAGAGGCUAUUUCAAAUUGCUUAUAGACGACCAGUAGCAGGUGUUGAUUGGAAUGCGUUAGAAUGUGAAAAGGAUCGUUACCUUAAAGAACAUUACCAAAAUACGAUGCUUUUGAAUAAUUUGGGCUCGGAUCGUUACAUAUUGGUCGAACAAGUUGGAAAAAUUUGUAAGUUUCCAAGUCGUGGAGCCUACCCUUGGGACAUUCGUAGUCAAGAGCGUUGCACCCCAGAGAGUUCCGCUUUUGUUCAGAAGCUCUUGGAUAAAAUCUCCGGAAAGAACAUCAAAAUGUCACUAGUUAGUUUUCCUGGUGCUUCACAACCACAAGAAUUCGGUAUAAUAGCAACAAAGAAUAUAAAAAGAGGAAUCAUCUUGCUUGAUGAAAAACCACUUAUUUCAGUUCACUCUCCUGGUCAAUUGCAAUGCGAUUUUUGCAACAAAUCAACUAGUUCGAAAAGUUUCUCGUGUCCGAAAGCGAAUUGUUCCGAAAUCUUUUGUAGUGAUGAUUGUUUUGACAAAUCUUGGAAGUUAUAUCAUCGUGCUAUCUGCGGGAAAAAUCUUGAUUUAUUGUAUGCAAUAGUGAACAAAGAAAGUAAAAACUCCGGCAUUUCUCUUUUAGUUGUUUUCAAAAUCUUUGCUAUUGCCAAACAACGAAAUAUUUGUCCCUUGGACAUUGAAGAGAUCAAACACCUUUUCCCCUUCCAACAUUCGACUUCGUGGUUCCAGCACGGCCUUAUGGCUAUCGACUUCUACAUUGAAUUAAUGAAAUUAUUGGAGAUCCCCAUUUUUGAUUCACGAUACGAAUCAUGGAUCUAUCUAACAAUUUAUAGGAAGCUCAAACCCAAUUCUGUUUUUUUUAAUCCUUUGACAUCAACGGGACAAUUAUACCCCAUAAUCUCUCUUUUCAAUCAUGAUUGCAAUCCAAAUGCCCGUUGUUCGGACGAUACAUCCAAAUCAAUUCAACGCGGAGAACCAUUUCCGUUCGCCCCGAUUUUGUCAACGCGAGUCGAAGCAGCCCGUAAUAUCAAAAAAGGAGAACAAGUAUUUAUUAAUUACACGUUAGGGCAUGACUUUAGUGUCUUGUCAGUUGUUAGCAAUACUGUAAAAUCUUCCGGUAGUACUAAGAAAACCCGUCAACUUCUCGAGACAACUUAUGGGUUCCGUUGCAAGUGUAGUAUGUGUGACUCUUCAUCCAAUUGAAAAUUGGUAUAUACUGUACAUAUUUAAAAAACGGUGUUACGACAGAGUUAUUGAAAUUUAUUUCUAUUUUAUUCAUUAUUUUAUAAAUAAAAUUAUGUAAGUACAUUUAUUUUAUUAUAACCUCAUAAAUAAUAAAAAAUUUUCGAAACCAUCUUUUUCACGUCCCAGAAAGAAAUCUGUUCUAAUGGAAAGUAAAAGCAUCAGAGUAAUAUUAUUUCUUUGGGAUUUUUAAACCAUUUCGUUACUUUCUUGAUUACUUUUAAAAAUAUAAUACUAGAGAAAUGGAUGAUGUAAUUACAGAGGGCAAUUGCGGACACUUUUCAAAGUGAAAAAAUUUAUAUAUAAUGAAAAUAAAAAAUUUUAGUUAAAUACAUUUAUUAUAUCUUUAGUUAUUAAUAAACUCUAUUUCUGUUUGUCACAAUAACGCUUUAAUUCUGAG